ACGAGCCCAUCACAAAUGGAAGUCACUAGUUUCCGGUAUCGGAUGAGAAAUGUUGGACGAGGGACUGGUACCCAAGACUCCUUUCCUUGCCAAGAACCUGCAGAGAGAAUCGACUCGGUUAUUUUAAGAGUACACACAAAGAAAGGGUCACUUACAAAACGAAACAAUUGAAAACUAAAAUUACUUUACCAGGUAAAGCCCACAUAGCUAUUUUUCACACGUGACCUGGCCACAUGGUAAGUGAGCCGUAUCUGGUCAAAAUACCAAAAAAAAAUUUGCUUUUGGAGAAAUUAACGAGAAGUAACUUAUGUGGAAAUGCAUAGCAGCCAAUUACUCUAAACGCGGAGGGAGAACAUACAAACUCCUAAUCCACUCUUCAGGUCAGCAGAUGAACACUGUACAGGGGUCGGAAUCGAAUCCACGACCUUUUGCAAACCAGGCGAGGGAGAUGACAUUUUUCCACCGUGGUGAGCUGUUACUGAAAAUAAGUUGCCCGGUUUUUUUUCAAUAUAUAAUUGCAGCACUCAUUUCCAGGCAUAAUUCGUUCAUGAGCAGGCGUUUCCACCAUGGUGGUAGUGGAAACGGAGGGGAAAACAAAUAUCAUUGGGUGAAUGACAGUCUUAAGGCGUCUCUCGCAAAGACAUGAUCGCCGAGUGUGCGUACAAAUCGUGUUAAAGACCCAAGAAGGCUCGCCGUAUCAUCAUCAAUGUCACAGCGACGGUCGUAGUCUCUCGUGUUGAAGAGGUGUGGGGCGUUCUGACACCCACACGGAUUACUGUGCUGGCCUCCCGAGUGUUGUAAUUGAUGCUCCUGUGUUUGGGGAUGCUCGGCGCUCAUUUACUUUGGGCUGGUGACGCACGAGGGCACACACACGGGCGGAAUAGCUGUGCACACAGUCGCACACACGGACACACGCGUGCCGCCUUAAUACGCAUGCACAAUUCAGCAGCCGGCGAGCUCCAGGCGUAGAGGCGGCAUCAGCCCUGUGGAUAACCUCCCUUUGGAUCCUCAACAGCCGCCAUCCGUACAAGAAGGGAAGCCACAAUGGGGGAAGGAAGAGGAUGAGAAAAUCUCAACAGAGCCAGCACACGGAUGCAUCGAUACAGGGUUCACACGGAUACGUCUGACUUCACCGUGAGGUCAUGACCCCGGGGGAACAGCCAAAGUCACUGUCACUCCCCUAAAGGCCGACGGGCGGUCAUUCUCGUGACGUUCAGGCCGCCGCCGCCGGCCGGCCGGGCGCCCCCCCUCGCCCCCCACUCCGCCUCCCCGCAGCAGCAGCAGCAGCAGCAGCGGCCCCCCACCCACCCACCCUGCAUGGCGGGGGAAGGGUCGCAGGGUGGCGGCAGCGGCCUCGCUGGGGGGUGGGAGGAGGUCGGGCUGGGGGCGGCCGCUCCCCUGCGGAGGUCCCCCGUGGGCCGCUCCUCGCUGCUGCGGGCGGCCACGGUCGAUGUGGCGAGCGAGGCGCGCGGCGCGGUCUCUCUAACGCCCAACAGCAAAGAUCCGGAUGAACCAGUUCUGGAGUUCAGUCUUGCAUGCAGCGAAAUCGUGACAUCGUCGCUGGAUCGGCGACCGAGCCUGUUCGUGUCCGUGAGCGUCACGACUCCACCACAGGCUUUCUGGACCAAGCACGCGCAGACCGAGAUCAUAGAGGGAACCAGCACUCCGAUCUUCCUGAGCAGCAUUGCGUUCCUGCCAGACUCGCAGGCCACGCAGCUCACGCGCGUGCGCCUCUCGGUCUACGAUGUCAAGGACAGGACCCAAGGAAUGAUGUACUUACUGGGAACAGCAUUGUUUACCAUCAAGGACCUGUUAAGUUCCAGAAACCACCGCCUGCAUAUUACAUUAACAUCGCCGGAGAAUGAGCGAGUAGGCAACAUCUCGGUAAUCGGCUGGCAGAUGGAGAGACACGAGGAGUCUCGCACCGCACGGAGGGGCUCUCCCGACAACAGCCGGACGGUGCUGGCUGUGGAUGAAAGCUUGGCAGAGUCUAUGGGUGUUCGGGCCAAAUAUUCAUCCCUACGCAAAGACACGCUGCUGAAAUCUGUGAUCGAGGGCGUGAUUUACCGCACAUACCGUCUCCCCACGACGGACGGGAACCAGCUGCGCGUGCACGAGCAGAUGGGCGAGACGCUGCUGUCGUUCCACGUACCUCGGCAGCUGCUGGCGCUGUACGUGGAGGAGGACAGCGCCCGAGUCUUGGCUUUGGAGGAGCUGGGGGAGUUGUCUCCUCACUGGGAGGGCCUCCGCAGGCAGAUGGUCAUGCAGUACACGUCCAUCAUCAACACCUACCAGGAGAGCCAGCGCGAGCUGAACAGAUACAAGGGCCCGUCGUUCAAGCCGAGCCGGCUGCGCACGGAGCGGGGGCUGGAGUUCGUCCCGGUGAACCUGCACAUGCAGCGCAUGCGGGUCAUGGACGACGUGCACACAGAUCACACGUAUGACAUCGUGACGGUGGGGGCGCCUGCAGCUCACGUGCAGGGAUUUAAAACCGGGGGCCUGCGGAAGCUCGUGACCAAAUUUGAGGAGUCGAAGAAAAGCCCGGCGAUGGGCUCGCGAGCGAGCGCGUGGCGGCCGCAGGACGUGGCGAAGGCCCGCGAGCUCAACGCACAGAUCACGGCGCUGCGCACGCAGGUGGCCUACUACGCCGAGCGGCUCUCCCGCGCCGCUCGCGAGCGUUCGGCGUGCGGCCUGGAGCGCACCCUCGCCAGCCUCGCCGACAAGACCCGCCAGCUGGUGACGGUGUGCGACUGCAAGCUGCUGGGCGGUGCCGUGCACUCGCUGGCGUCGGCGCGCCCCGACUUUGUCGCUUCCGUGCCGAGCCCGCCCGGCGAAGCGAGCGGUAGCAGCGGCAGCCCCGGCGGCAGCGCCGGCGGCAGCAGCUGCGGGGGCGGAGAGGACGGCGUCGAGGACAGGGACCGCGUCGUCCUGCGCAACGAUCGCGACUCGCUGGCGGCUCGCUGGACGGGCCGCGAGAACCGCGCCUCGCUCACCUUGUCCAUCGCGUCGUCGUUCGCGUCCCUGAUGACGGUCGGGAACGCGGCCGGCACUUCGGCGGUGUGCGGCGGCGAGUGGCCCGAGGAGGAGUGGAGCAGCGUGUGGCUCAACGUGGACAAAAGCCUGGACUGCAUCAUCAAGGCGGUGGAUCGCCUCCUGCAGCGCGAGCGCCGCUGCAGGCAGGAAGGCCAGGCCAACGUCUCCGACGAUAUCUUCUCCUCGGCAGAGCUGUCGGCAUCGUCCCGAGUUGGGAAUGGAGGGCUGACAUUGGUGGAAUUGACACCAAGUACCGGCGCGGAGUGGAGCGAGACGCUGUACCCGCUGCUCGCCACGCUCACGGACUGCGUGUGCAUGCUGAGCGAGCGCGCCCGCCAGGCCGUCACCUUCCUGCUCAUGCAGGACGGCGCCGCGUCCGUCGUGCAGGCCCUCGGCCUGCAGCACCGCCGUGACCUCGUCUUCUCGCAGGCCCUCUCAGCUCUCGUGUGUGGAUUCAUCGUGAAGCUACGCAGCUGUCUCCAUGACGACGGGUUUCUACGGCAACUGCACACCAUCGGGCUGCUGGCGCAGUUCGAGGGGCUGCUAAGCACCUACGGCGAGGAGAUCGGGAUGGUGGAGGACAUGAGUGUGGGCAUCUCCGACCUUCGCAACGUGACCUUCAAGGUCGUUCCCGCGUCGACCACUGCCUCGGCCGAGGGGAUGCUGCCGAUCAUCGACGGGAAUCGGGACGGCUUCAACGUGCGCAUCCCGUUGCCGGCGGCCAUGUUUGACGCGUUGCCGCGGGAGAUCCAGAGCGGCAUGCUGCUGCGUGUGCAGCCGGUCUUCUUCAACGUCGGCAUCAACGAGCAGCAGACGCUCGCCGACAAGUUCGGCGACACGUCGCUCCAGGAGAUCAUCAACCUGGAGAGUUGGGGUCGCCUCAACUCCUACUACGAGCAGUUCAAGGAGCUUCUCCCCGAUGACUGCCUCCCUCGCUCCCGUAGCCAGACCUGCCUCUCGGAACUGCUGCGUUUCCUCGGGCAGAACGUGCGUGCACGCAAACCCAAGAACGUGGACAUCCUGUGGCAGGCUGCCGAGGCCUGCCGGCGCCUCAACGGCCUGCGGCUCACGAGCUGCAAGAGCGCCAAGGACCGCACGGCCAUGUCGGUGACGCUGGAGCAGUGCCUGAUCCUGCAGCAGGAGCACGGCAUGGCGCCGCAGGUCUUCACGCAGACGCUGGACUGCAUGCGCAGCGAGGGUUGCCGCCGAGAGAACACCAUGAAGAACGUGGGCUGCCGCAAGUACGCCUUCAACUGCCUGCAGCUCGUCACCUUCCCCAGACAUUACCGCCCGCCCGAUGGGACCUUCGGCAAGGUGGACACCUGAAGCCAGUCCGGGCGCGGGUGCACAAAAACUGGCGUUCGCAUGCAUGCAUGCAUGCGCGGUGCACGGGCUGGGCAUUGGGAAAUAUUGAGCGGGUUAGGUAUCAAGGGAAGUCGAACUAUCGUAGAUCAAUAUGAAAUACAAGUCUAAAUUUUACAUUGCCACAGUUCCUCCCCGCCUCUUUCUGUAAGGGGUCCAUCAGCGAACAUGUUAGAUGAUAUGUUUAAAUCGUAAAGUCGUGUUGAGGAUGGUAAUGUCAUUAAAAGGUAUUUUAUUUAGACAGGAAAGCUUUAUUGAGUUUCACGACUCUAUCAGCAGGGUUCUGCCUUGGCAUGUUUGUGUCCCAAUUCCAAUGUAAUGAGUGUUUUGUGUGUCGGAGGAGAUUGGAGUGGCUGCAGAAAACUCGCCAUACAAGGGCAUCACACUCCAAGGUGAUCACUGACAGGUCCACAAUCUCAUGUGUCGUGCUGCUAUCUCCUUGCCACCUUCAAAUUUCAAGUAAAAGUUUAUUUUGUUUGACCAGGUGAGAACUAAAUAUAACAGAACUUUCGUCGCAUUUUCAAGAAUAGUCCGGGUCACCAAAUUGACAAAGCUGAAACAAACAACAAAGCAUAGCAAUGAAGUAAAGCAAUAGGAACAAAAACACUAUUAUAUAUACAUUGCACAAACCUUAAAUCAACGUUAAAACAAAGCUAAAUAUAAAAUUGCCUGCAGUGCCAAUCAACUCGGGCAGAUUACCUCCAGAUCAUAGCACAGUUGCCAAAGCUAAGCUGCAGAAACAUUAAACGUAUAGGUUGACUCCAGUACUAAUAUUUAAACAGACAAUGCUAUAUAUCCAAAGCAAUUGCAAGUGGAGUUAUAAAGAAUCGAGAGUUUAUCAUCAAGUUGUGAUUCAGAUGGGAGAGAAAACGAGGACAUUUGAAGCGACCUUGCCUCCUAGUGGGGCUGGGUGUUUCUCAAAUCCGCAUGAUCCAGAAAUCCAUACCUGCAAAGUGCUGACAUCACAGCCGUAUCCCACCACUCCCAGGGCAGUUGUGAAGUGUCCUUAGCAUUUCAUUCUACAGCAUUUCCAAGGCAGCCCAGAGGUUUUAAAUUCAAUCGUUCCACUUGAGUUCUUAGGGUCUCUGGUAGGCUUGUAACAAUUCACCACAUCCACAAAUCUAUUCUCACAAAUCAAGGUGCUGAUACUAUUCAAGAAUCCAUGUUUAUUUUUCCCUUAUGAUUGGUGUAUAAUUUAUAGUGGCUGUAGGGUUUCCAUGAAUCAAUCGCAUAGAGUAUUACUCCAAAUCUAGGCCUGACGACCCCUCCUCUGCUUUGCAAUGAUCAACUAUCAGGUACGUGCAAUAUGUAGAGAGGUAUAAUUUGCAUAUGAAUGGAAAAGAUCAGAACUCAAACUGGAGGUCACGAGGACUGCAGUUAGAGAAACACUGGCGUAAAAAAUAUAUACAUGAAUUGGAAAUGAUCAAUUUUCAGACGCACAAAUUGAUGCGUAUAUUGGGAGCUCAAGAAUUGAUUGUCAUCGAUUAAUUUUCCUUGGCAAGCCACGAAUAAUGUUACUACUGUGUAGGGUUUCAUGGUUGUGCGGUAUAGUUUUGCGACGUUUAUUUCGGGUUGAUGCCCAGCGUUUUACUCCAUGUACUGGGAGCUACUGCAGGAACUGAAUUAAGCCACUCACUUUCUCCCUCGACUAUAUGGAUUUUCAGGCUGGCUCAUUUCAGUGCAUGAAGCACUGGAGCAAAACGUCACACGUCAUGCUGAAGGGACACCCACAAACACAUCCAGGGAGCUACUGUGAUGCUAAUUUCUGUGGACACCCCACGUAUUAGCUACUAGCGGGAAGUUCCUGGCGUUUCCCCGGGCGAAAAAGAUGUGGCGCCCUCCCGUGGCGGGGUCAUUUAUUACACCAGACGUGAUUGUUAAUACUUGUGCCGUUUGUAAUGUGGCUGUUGUAAGUAGGAAGGCUGGUGUCAUUUCAAAUUUGAGUUCGACUUCUCUAUCCCCCCCACAUUCCUGAAAGAACACGCACUGUGAACAUACUAAUGGUACCACUUAAUGUCACAUAGGGCGCUUGCCACGUGUAGUUCUAUUUUAAAUGGCAUUCAAUUCCUCUGUUAGCUCUACAUUAACACAGAUUUUAUAUAUAGUGAUGUCACCGAUUCGCACUUAAAUUACGGUUCUGUUUUUUUAAAUCAUUACGGUAUGCAUUUUUACAUGGUUUUCGUUACAUUAAAAUAUACAACAUGAAAACUGAUCUGAGACGUACAUUCAGUCAACAGAUUACUUUAUCUUAAUUUUAUGAACCGCAGUAUGUUCUUACAGCACUUAAGUAAUAUUAUUAUGUUAUUAGGGAAAUCACGUUAGUCAUGCAUAUCCACAGUUUAGAUAAUACCAUGAGACAUUGGUAGGCUUAAGGUGUUGGCGUUUAACAUAAAUACCAAUUAUAUCCACAUGUAUGCCUACCUGCAUGCAUUCAAAUUAGUUGUACAUUGCUUACACAAUAAAUAUUAAUCUACAGUACUGUACUUACGGGGAGGGAGGGAGAAUGCUAGAUUUCUCUGAUUUCCAAGCGGCCUCCGUGAAUUUGGUGCGAAUGGAUGGGUUUUCACUAUACGGCUGCCAACAGCAAUCUACCAGUAUUUUCACUGUUAGUAAAGGAAAGUGGAAUUAUGGUUAGUUUCAACACUGAAGUUCACGUUUGGGAGUGCUUGUAACUGCAGUAACGGCAUAUUUAUUUCAGAGAUGGAUAAUAAAA